AUGGAGGCGGGGGCCGCGAAGGGGGGGGAAGAGGGGGAGGAAGAGGGGGAGGGAGGGGUGGAGGUGGUGGGGAUCGGCCUGAACGCGCAAGAGCUGGCCGCGAAUCCGCUGCUCAAGGAGACGGUACUGCAGGAUCUGAACGCGGACCCGAGGAUCCCGGCCGCCGUGGGCCCGUUGCGCGCGACCGUGUGCGUCGUCAGCGUCGACUACCUCACCAAGCCCCUCGCCGUGCUCGCGUCCGUGCGCGAACGGACGGUCGAGGGGGGGAGCGUGCAUUUGGUGGUUUCGAAUCGGUGUUUCCCUACCAAAGCCAUCGGGCGGUGGUUGAGGAUCGGUGAAGAGGAGCGGUUGAAGAUGGUGGGGGAUUAUUUGUGGUGGAGUGGGUGGGGGGAGGUGGAGAUUGUGGAGGUUUGUGAUGGGAGGAUGAAGGAAGGAGAGGGAGGAGGAGGAGGAGGUGGAGGGUUGGCGAGAUUGAUGGGGAUGUUUGGGGGUGUGGAUCCAUUAUGGGUUGUUCGAGCUGUGAAGGUUGCACAGGAUGGAGAUACAGGGGGAGAGAAGAGCUGUCUUCGCUCGCUUUCAAAUGCUCCAAUGUACAAGAAUCGAGAAGAGUUGUAG